UGGUUGACGUGCACCAUCAGCAUCGCAACUCCACACCACACCCUCUCCUCCCAUUCCAUCAUCAGCCAGCUUUGACUGUGUGUCUCUGCUGUGUGGUGUGUGUCUCUCUCCCCUCUCCGUGUGUGUCUGUGUGCGUGCGUUCAGCCAGCAACAGCACACCCCCCCCCCCUUCUUCCUUGCACAUCCUCUCAUCCCCCGUGAGCAAGACAGCCAGACCAGCCGUAGGAAGCCAAACACAGACAUGGCGCAGCGUGCUGGGAGCCGAAAAGGCCGAGCAAGCGCCAGAGCCAGCGGCAUGAGCACAAAGGCUGGCAGCCGCACAGAGGCGCCGGCCCCAAGCGCAACACCGCGCCCCUGGGCCCUCGUGUCCGCCCUCGCUGUCAUCGCCCUUCUUGCAUCCUUCACGCCAUUCGCCAUCGCACAGACUCGUGCUUGCGAUGGAGAGGCAUGUCGCGUGAACCGCAACCACACCAUCGAGAUUUACAACCUCAUGGCCAACGAUUUCAACCAGACCGAGUUUGAGCAAGCCCUUGUGGCUGCAGCCAACCUGACGGGCGCGAGCGUCGUGCAAGUCACGGUGCGUGAGGCAGACACCGUCUGUGACUCUGGCACGCCCACUGGCUUUGAUGCGCGCACAGACCCAAUCACGCGCAGCACGUGUUCCCAGGAGCGGCGUCGAAGAAACGCGACGAUGCCGUCACCACCACCACCACCAUCAACCACAACCAUGACAUCCAACACAACAGCCAUGCCCGCAACCAUGGCAUCAAACUCAACAACGGUGCCUGCAACCAUGCCAUCCAACAUGACAACCACGGCCUCAAACACGACCAUGCCAUCCAACUCAACAGCAAUGCCCGCAACGACAGCUGUCAACGCAACCACCACCACCACGACGACGACGACGACGACGAUGGACCCGUGCACGUGUGCUGAGAACCAGUAUGUGGUGGAAGCAUGCAACCCAACGCAAAACAUCACCAAUGCCACGUGCGCUGACUGCAGCACAUGUGAUGCCGGUCAGUUUGUGGCCACAAACUGCCGUGGCAUGACAGACACGCAGUGCGGCAACUGUACAGAUGGCACGUUCCAGAGCAUGACUGCACACCUGGAAAUGUCGUGCAAGCCGUGCACGGACACGUGCGGGAGCGGCACGUUCCUGGCGAGCGCCUGCACGCGCACCAUGGACACGCAAUGCUCUGCGUGCCCGGACAACACGUUCCAGUCCGCAGACAGCCACAAUCUGACCAGCUGCACCACUUGCGACACGUGUACCGCUGGCGAGUUUGCCUUUCUGCAGUGCACCCCGACAUCGAACAUUUUGUGCAACAACUGCACAGGCUUCACCUACCAGGACCUGCUGAUGCACAACAGCUCCACGUGCAAGGACUGCAGCAUGUGCGGUCAGGGCCAGUUUGUUGCCGACGCCUGCACUGCCACGACAAACACCAACUGCAGCGCGUGCACCGGCGCCACCUUCCAGAACAUGACAAGCCACUAUGAGAUGGAGUGCCAGGCCUGCUCAAUGUGUGGGCAGGGCACGUUUCUCGCAAUGGCCUGCAACCGCACGAGUGAUGCCAUGUGCUCGGCGUGCCAGAACGGCACCUACCAGGACAGCAGCAGCCACCUGGAGGAGCAGUGCAAGCAGUGCGGCAGGUGCGACCCUGGCCAGCGCCUGUUGUCGCCGUGCACCGCCACCAGCAACACGUCCUGUGUUGCGUGUGACAGCGGCACGUGGCAGAACGCGACGGGUCACCUCGACCCAACGUGCAUGAUGUGCUCCAAGUGUGGCCUCGGCCAGAAGCUCACCACAAACUGCACGCUGACGGCCAACACCGUCUGCACGACGUGCGAGGAUGGUACCUUCCAGGACACCGACGACCACACCUUGGAAUCGUGCACAGCGUGCCGGACGUGCACCGCUGGCGAGGAGUUUGAGUCCAGCCCCUGCGCGGCGUCCGCUGACCGCGCGUGCGACCCCAUCACCACGUGCGAUCCCCGGUACUCGCGCGAGCGAUAUGCGCCCACGCCAACCUCGGACCGCGUUUGUCUGGACUUCCGCAAGGCCGCGGUCACCGUCGUGGUGCAGGUGGACACGCUGGAGACGGAGAUUGACGCCACGCGCGCCGCCAUUGAGGCCGCCAUCCAGGACGGCAGCAACGGCCCGCUCGCACGCGAGCUGCGCAAGUUGGACGAUGCAGCGUACAACAACACGGAGGUGACGUACCUGCCGCAGGUGUCACGCUUCGACGUGCCCUCGGAGGGCCGGCAAUUUGUCUACCUUGAUCUCCAGUUUGCAGCAUCAUCAACACAAUUCGACAUCCAGAAACUCGACCUUCUGGACGUGCUUGAUGCCUUCUUGUUGAACGCGACGGAGGAUGCGGACGCAACCGCCACAUUUAUGGAGCGCAGCACAGUGUCCACCACAACCACCAACACAACGACAAACGCAACCACGACAACAUACUCCACCACGGCGCUGUUCCGUGUGGACGUCGAUGCAGCCUUGACCAUCACCACAGAUGCCCUGAACGCCAUGGCUGCCGCCAUUGAUGCCGCCAACACCACCUCAUUGCAGCGCACCGCUGGCCCCACCCCAAACGGCGAGCCCGUCAUGUUCAUUCCCUGCGAGCCCUGUCGGUCCACGACCCACCCGGGGCUGUACCAGGAGCUCGGCUUCUGCGGCGGCCUGUGUCUGCAGUGCACGGAGUGCUCGCUCGACCAGUAUUUGACGAACGUGUGCGAGGGCACGAGCGACGCGCAGUGCAACGCGCUUCCAACCGAGUUUGAGACAGCGCCCCCUGUGAACGUGAUUGGCGUGAACACCAACCACAUUCUCCCAACCGCCGCGUCGCAACAGCAAGACCAGGCCAUGGAUGCGUCCAUGCGCGUGAACCGCUCGUUUGUGUUCACCAACAUCGCCCCAGGGGAGAGCACAUGGGUCGCUGUCAGCGGCGAGCCCGAGGAUGGUGCGCAGAUGGUGACCCGCCCCCUCGCCCCGGCAGCGCAGGUUGACUGCGCGCCCGUCCUCGACAACGUGUAUGCGACAUAUCCGACUGCACAAGUGGUGCUUGCCGCGCUGGACGCCAGCGGGCAUUCGCGUGUUGCGCGCACAAACGUCACCGUGCGGUUUGUCGCCGCAGACGACGAGGACGCCGAGGUGACGGCCACCUGCACCAUGCCCACAGACGGGCCUGCAGUGUGCAACGCGUGGACCACGUUUGCAGACGCGUGGUUCUCGUCCGCAGGCCCACGCCUCGUGGAUGUCACGUUCAAGUACACGACGCCACGCGCAGACGGCGAGGGCUACGAGACCAGCCCCGACAUGGCGUGCGGACAGCUGACGCUCGGCCCAACGCAGCAGGAGGUGCUGGGUGUGAGCAGCAGCAUUGCCGCCGUCGUGACCCCCACCAACAGCGUGUUCGAGAACGACACCGUGGACGUGGCGGUGAUUGCCCGCCACGACUGGGCCGUGCACUCGUUUGGCGUCUCGCUCCGCUGCGGCAACUGCCGCAUUGAGAUGAGCGAGGCCAACACAGCCGCCUGGAGUAUCAGCAGCACCGUCACCACGGACGAAGAGUCGGGCGAGCAAAUGCUCGUUGUUGCCGGCAUUGCUCGCGACCUCACCGACGAGCCAAAGUUUUCUGAGCAGCGGUCCUUCAGCCUGUUCACCGCCACCGUGCACGCUGUGCCUGCUGCAGAGGACAGCAUGCUUGUGCUGCGCGGCAACAUUGACUCGUUCCUCCAGGCAACCUGUGGGUCUCGGCCGCGCGUGUCGAGCAGCAACCUUCCCCGCUUCACCAGCAGCGCCAACGCGGCGCGCCUUUACGUGGCAGCCGUCGUCAUGGAGCAGGUCACGGAGAACAGGCAGCAGCUGGCGCUCGCGCCAUCCGCAGUCGCCUUUGCCAGCGACAACACGGACGUGGCAACUGUGGCGCAGAGCAACGAUGACCCGGCAACCGUCACCACCACGGCAACCUCGGGCCUUGCUGCCAUCACCGCCCAGUGGCCGAAGGCCACAUGUGCAAGGAAGACGUUUGAGGCCGCCGUGAAUGUGACCACGACAGAUGCCACUGUCGUGUCCAUCGCCGUGUCGCCGACAAGCGUUGACUUGGUCGUGCCCUUUGCCAACGCAGGCGCAGCCGAGGCUGUGACAGGGCUGCCGUCAUCGGCCGCCUUCACCGUCACCCGCACCCUCAGCGACGGCAGUGUUGAGACCGUGACGUCUGCCAGUUUCACGUCUGCCGAUGAGAACUGUGGUGACUUCACAGGUAUGCUAGCGCUGGAGACAGAUGCCGUUGCCAGCGAGUGCACGUACACCACGGUUGACGGCGACCUCAUGGCCUCUGUCACCGUGAACAAGUACGCGCUCGAUGCUGUGCGCAUGACGGUGACGGCCCGUGGUGUUGAGGGCUCGGCCACACACACGUCUGGCGCUGCCGCUGCAGAGCAGUUUGAGGUCCCGCCAAUUGGCGCCGGUGCCACAGCCUGGCCAGCGCUCACUGCCAGCUGCGUUGCCGUGUUCAACACGACCAAACAGGACAUGGCAGUGACGGUACAGCUGCGACAGGUUGCCACAAUGGCGCAGGCCGUGUUUGCCUCCAGCUUCACCGCUGCCAACGACGACCAGCAAGAUCAGGAGGACGCUGCGCUAGCCCUGCAGCCAGCUGACGCCAGCCUGCAGAUCACCACAAGCAUUGCCGGCAACGCCACGCUCUCCGCAACCUUUGGCGGUCUCACGGCCACCACCGCCGUCCUGUUUGCUGCGGGAGACGAUGCAUCGCUCCCUCUGAGCGUGACGGGCGCCAGCGUGGCUGAUGUUGUGGCCAAUGCAAACGGCACGUUCCCUCUCCUUGGCCGGGUGAAUGCCACGUUUACGCUCGACAUUGCUGCCGAGGUGACCGGCGAGCCACUGUCGCCAGGGCAGGUGCGUCUUGAUGACGGCUCUCUCGCCAUCCGAUCCCUCGUCACCUUCACGUCCAGCAACACGGAUGCCCUGAGCGUGGACGCACACGGCAUCAUCACCCUGCACGAUGGCAGCGCGACAGAGGUGACCAUCGGCAUCGCCGUGAACGGCACCGUGCAGGCCACUGUCACCUGCCUUCCGUCCCUCCUGCCCGCAGAGGGUGCUGGCAGCUUUGGGCCGCACGGCGUCUCUGCCGCGUCCUUCUCGCGCGUGCGUGUUCCUCUUCACGUUGAGGCGGAGAACCUGCGUGCAGCCGUGCUCAGCCUGACGUACGACCCGGCCCUCCUUGCGCUGGCCACGGUGGAGCUUGGCUCGGACGUGCAGUUUGCGUUCCUCGACUUCAACGUGCGUACGCCUGGUGAACUGAGCGUGUUUGUCGUCAUCCCCGGCAAUGCCAUCACCAGCGACGACCUUGAGCUCGGCGUGGCCGUGUUUACCACCCGCAACCUCACCACCACCAGCCCGCAGCUCUCGCUCGGCGGCUCCGUGGUUGAGGUGGACGCCAACGGCAACCCGAGCCUGGUUGAGCUUGAUGCCACCACGUCCUCGCUGUUUGUGGAGACCACCCCGAUGAUGAUGACACGUCGCCGACGCAGCAGCCUGACAAGCGACGGUGCUGCCGACCUUGAGCUUGACGCUGCAGCCAUGGUUGCUAACACGCUUGCCCGCCGUCGUCGCAGCGGCCCCCGCGGCACCCUCACGACGGUGCUCGCCAACCACCCGACCUUUGACAUGAACGGCGAUGGCGUGUUGGACGUACUGGAUGUGCUGAUGCUGUCCGAUGUGUACAGCGGCCGGCUGACCGAGAACGACCUUGCAGAGGGCGCAGACGCGGACACCAACAGCGACGGCAUCGUUUCCUUUGACGACGUGUCCUUCCUGCUGUCUUUGGCGGCGGGUCGCCUGGUUGCGCUGCGGCGUGUGGCCGUCACAACCGUGCAGGCCGCAGACUCCGAUUGCAUGCUGUCCUUCAACGUGAGCGUGCUGCUGACCAACAUCACCCUGUCCACCCCCGAAGCCGACGACACGCGCCUGUAUCUCGACGUGGCUGGAGUCGCCUCCAGCAGUGACUUUGAUGCCACCUUUGCUGCGGCCUCCACUGCCCCUGGUCCGAACUUCAAGUUUGUGCGCAUCCCGUAUGCCCGCACCAACAGGACGGAGGACACGGGCGCAUACUUCCUCCAGGCGUCAACACCGCUUGCCUCCAGCGACCAGCUUGGCGUGAGCGUGCUGCAGGUUGAUGGCAGCGGCGCGUACAACUUCCACACGCGCCAGGACAUGAUUGUCAACAACACGCUUGAUGCCUCCUUCGACGUCGACGGCACCAACGUCUCCCUCUUCCUGCCGUUUGGCUAUGCGCCAAUUCGUGCGUUCACCAACACGAUGGACACGCCCACCUGUCUUGCGCAGCGCCGGCCCGUCAUCACCGACUUCACCCGCCCUGACCCGGAUGCCAUGAACGUCGUUGACGGCUACCUCUUGCUGCUGGACUGGACGGCGCCACCCACGCCGCCCAACGCCAUCACGCGCUACUUUGUGCAGUACCGCGACCUCAACGUCACGGGCGCGCCCGUGAUUGAGAAGAGCGUGGAUGGCAACACGCUGCACCUUGACCUCACGGACCAGAUCCUGCCGUAUCACACAUACGAGGUGCAGGUGCAGGCCGAGUUUGGCAACCGUCGCAGUGUCAUCUCCACACCCGCAACCGCGCAAACGCAUCAGGACACGCCCAACAUGCCACCGCAACUUGACGCCAUCGCCGUGAUCAACGCCACUGCGGUGAAUGUCACGUGGACGCCCCUUGAUGAGACUGACCUCAACGGCGUUGUGCAGUAUCUCGUGCUCGUGCAGCGGCUGGAUGAUGAGCCAAACGCCGACCCGAACGCGCCCAGCCAAUUUGUGCGCACGGUCGACCACCCCGCAUCAUCAAUCGUGUUUACCGGCCUCGAGGAGAGCGUGAAGUACAACGUGACCAUCCAGGCGCGCACCAACGUGGACACUGGCUUUGCCAUCUCUGCCACAGAGUUUUACCUCCCUGCAAUUGUGUUUGAGACGGAUGAUGCACCACCUGACCUGCCACCGGCGGUGGUGUCCAUUGUCCCUUCAGACACGUCAUUCACGAUCACCUGGGAGGCGCCCCCUCCCGAGACGCACAACUCAGACCUCGUCGCCUACCUCGUGCGUGUGCGUCGUGCCGCCAACACCACGUAUGCCGAUAACACAACCAUCACGGACGCUGACUUUGGUGGCGCUGACGACUGGCACGUGUUCAGGUACAGUGCGCAGACAUUCACCAAGGAUUUCACCACCCUCGAGAGUGGGGACCCGCUGCAUCCCGCCAUUGUGUACGAGUUCCAGAUGCAGACGGAAGGCAGCAUGUCAUCUUUGCUCAGCCCAUGGUCCGAGACCUACACAGUUCGCCUCCUCGAAUCAGCACCCACGGGCAACGUGACCAACACGGACGUGACGACGACGUCGUCAUCGCUGAUGGUGGAGUGGCAGCUGCCGGAACCGCUGGAGCGGAAGGGGCUCAUCACCAACUUCACCAUUGUGUACUCGCGCCAGGACGACGACCCACGCGUUGCCACAGACUCGCUGGACAACUGCCCUGCGUCCGUGUGCAACUCGUUUGUGCCCGCAAACGGCGACGUGGUGUACACGUGGCCGCUGGUUGGCCUGGAGGCGUACGUCACAUACACGGUUGAGGUCCGCGCGUGGACGUCUGCUGGCAUUGGGCCCGCAGCCACGUUCGUCAUCCGCACCGACGAGGCCAUUCCGUCCGCCCCUGUUGUCUUUGGCGACGUGAGCGUCACGCCGCGUACAGUCGACAUUGACUUUGACCCGCUCCCGGUUCCCGACCGCAACGGCAUUGUUGCCUACACGGCCACGCUCACCAUCUCCACAGACCCGUUCUACACGCAGAGGAUCGACUCGACGCUCGCUGCAAGCCUGCCCAUUGUGACGGAGUUUGAGAACCAGCCCAACAGCACCAUCACGUUCCAGGCCACCGGCCUGCAGCCAUUCAUGGAGUACACGCUGGAGGUUGUGCCGCACACGAGCGUGGGCGACGGUGAGGCCAACACCAUCACUGUGCUGACGGAGGAGGAAACGCCCACGGCACCAGCCAUUACCAAUGUGCAGGUGCUGGCAGAUGACACUGCACAGGAGAAGCGCGUGCGCGUGAGCGUGAACAUCCGUCCACUCAACCGCCGCAACGGCGUGCUGCAGAACCUGACAAUUGAGUACGGCAACGACGCGUUUGGCGACCUGGCCACGCUGCAGACGCCGCUCACUUCGGCGGAGCGCGCCACCACGACUGUCUCGCGCGUCAUUGAUGGUCUGCGGGCCGGUGUGCUGUACAGUUUCACGGCGACGGUCACCAACCGCGCGCCCGUGUCGCCCGAAUCGCCCACGUCGCCCUCCUUCUCCAAGACAACCGAUGAGUACAUUCCAACCGGCCCUGUGCUCAAUCUGGUGGCUGCGGAGGAGACGGACGAAACAGACGCCUCCAAGCGCGUGCUGCUGACGUGGAACCCACCCACCCUUGCAACGCGCAACGGUAUCAUCACAGAGUACCGCGUUGUCGUGCGGGUGACGCCGAACCAGCAGGCGCAGGCGCAGGUGCACAGCGACCUCACAUAUUCGCUGGCGGAACUGGGCAGCAACAACCAGGGUGACGGCCUCAGUACGCGCUUCACGUCGUUGGGCGCAUAUGACAAGUACACGUUCUCGGUAACGCCACUGACAGCCAUUGGCGAGGGCACUGACACAACGACCGUGUCCACGCCAGACAACAACGGCAUUCUGUCGCCGGCGCUGCCCGGCGCCAGUGUGGGCCAGCUGACCACCACCAAGGGCACGACCACGCUGGACGUGUCGUGGAACGCGCUCGCCGUGUCUGACUGGAACGACGCCAGCCUGCAGUACCGCGUGAUUCUGACGCAACUUGCUGAUGACCACUCGGACACGCCCGCGGAGCACGUGGUGGCGACGCAGGAGACGUCCACCACAAGUGUCAGCUUCUCCGGGCUGCAGGAGUACGUGCAGUACAAGGUGGACGUGUACCCCAUCAACUCUGUGUUUGUUGGCAUGGAGCAGGCUGGUGGGUUUGACGCCAGUGCGCUGCUGACGACAAACACGGUGCGCACGGAGGCGGCACCGCCAGCCGCCACGCCCGUGAUCACAGACCGCUCCAACGACGCGCACAGCAUCACGGUGCAGUGGGGUCGCAUUGCCAUGCACGACUUCAACGGCCCGCCGCGCCACUACGUGGUCAGCUAUAAGGGGCUGGCGGUGGAUUACGUCGAGAACGGCGGGCAGAGCGCCACGUCUCCGGAACUGGACGCCACGGACGUGAUUGUGCCCUACGACGCCAGCGAGGAGAACCCCUCUGUGACGCUGAUGGACCUGGAGCCAAACCGCAUGUACGAGAUCAAGGUGGCGCCCGAGAACACCGAGUUUGCGCCGGGCCCUUUUAGCGCGACGGAGUCUGUGCAGACGUGGUCGUUCCGCCCGGCGGAGCUGCCGACGGUGCAGUUCCACGACGACCGGCCCAACGGCGAGAGCAAGCAGACCACGCUGCGCAUCACGUGGCCCAUCAUCAACACGCGCUUUGGGCCCGUGCGCCAGGUGCAGGUCAUCGUGGAGCCGGAGGACAGCCGCCACUUCAACACCAUGUACAACUGCACGUCGGCCAGUGGCGAGGACGAGUGUGCGUUUGGCGACUGGCAGACGAACGAGAACGCGCGGGUGAACAAGCAGACGCCGCGCGCGUACAUUGCCUUCCAGCGGCAGUACACCGGUGACGACGCGACGCAGACGAGUGGCUCGCUGGUGGUGGGCGACGAGCUCAACUACGGCGGCUUCUUUAACGGCCCGCUGCGCGCUGGCACCACGUACACCGUGCGCCUGCGCGCCUUCACGCAGUCUGGCGACGGAACCGAGAUGUUUGACACGGUUGGCCCGAUCAAGGAGCCCGUGUAUGACGAGAAGGGCCGCCUGAUCUCGUCCCCACAGGCGUCCACGUCGUCACCCGCAGCCAGCCCCAUUGGCGCCAUUGUUGGUGCGAUCAUCGUUGUGCUCAUCAUUGUCGUGCUGGUGUUCCUGUUUGUGCGGUACCGCCGCAACCAGAAGUCCAAGCCGCCGCUGUUUGAGUCCUCCGCGCCGUCGAACGGCACGACCAACGUGCACUCGAGCCAGGGCAACCCGUACUUUGGCAACGGCGGGUCCAACGGGUAUGGCCAGGCUGUUUCGUCGCUGCAGACGAGCGCGUCGUCCAUGCCCAUGUCGCCCAUGGGGUAUGCGCAGAACGGCCAGCACCACCAGCAGCAGCAGGGUGGGCUCGCUGCCCGCGGCAACAUGCCCGUGCAGCAGCCGCCCGGCGCGUCGAUGGCGUCGACCAGCUUUGGCGGCCCGCCCGUGCCCGUGCGCCCGCCAGGCACAAUGGCAGCGCCGGUUGUGGCUGGCGACAGCUCGUCCAUCUACUCGAGCAUGGGCGGUGCUGGUGCGCCGCAGAUGCCACCCGUGCAGCGGCACGAGGUGUCUGUGCCGGACCUGCCGCGGGUGAUUGAGCAGAUGAGCGCCAACUCCAACUUCAUCUUCUCGGAGGAGUACGAGUGUGUUGAGAAGGGCGACCAGUUCCCGCGCACGUCGUCGCAGCUGGAUGCGAACCGCAGCAAGAACCGCUACGCCAACAUUCUUGCGUACGACUACACGCGUGUGAAGCUGUCUGUGAUUGGCGGCGACCCCAACUCGGACUACAUCAACGCCAACUACAUUGACGGGUACUCUGUGCCCAAGUACUACAUUGCGGCGCAGGGUCCACUGCCGCACACGGUGAUUGACUUCUGGCGCAUGAUCUGGGAGAACCGCACGACGGUGAUUGUGAUGGUGACGCGCCUCGAGGAGAAGGGCCGCAUCAAGUGCCACCAGUACUGGCCGCAGGCCGUUGGCGACCAGCUGCCGCUCACCACCAACAUGAGCAUCUGGUUCACCAAGCAGGAGGAGUUCCCGGACUUUGUUAUCCGCACGCUGACGGUGCAGGUGGGCCGCCAGUCGCGCACGGUGACGCAGUUCCAGUACGUGUCGUGGCCCGAUCACGGCGUGCCGGACAGCACGGCGGGGAUCAUCACCAUGCUGCGCAAGGCCAAGGUGCUGCGGUCGCAGCCCAACGCCGGGCCCAUGGUUGUGCACUGCUCUGCCGGUGUCGGGCGUACGGGUACUUUCCUGGCGCUGGACUACAACCUGGACAAGGCCUCGCGGGAGAGCCGGGUGGAUAUCUUUGGGUGCCUGAACAUGAUGCGUCGCCAGCGCAACACGAUGGUGCAGACGGAGGACCAGUACAUCUUCAUCUACUCGUCGCUGUGCGAUGCGCUGUCGACGGCGGUGACGGAGAUGUCGCCCAAGUCGCUGCGCAAGCACUUCCACGAGCUGCGGCGGCCCGUGGCGGGCUCGAACAUGUCCAACCUGGAGCAGGAGUUCAACCGCUUGGCACAGGGCCCGGCCCCCGCCGUGCGCACGGACAGCGCGCAGAUCCUGGCCAACAAGGAGAAGAACCGCUUCAACAACAUUCUUCCGUUUGACAACACGCGAGUGAAGCUGCAGACGGUGCCGGGCGUUGUCGGCUCGGACUACAUCAACGCCAGCUUCAUUGACGGGUUCAAGCAGAAGGGCGCGUUUAUUGCCACGCAGGGCCCGCUGGAGAACACGCUUGCGGACUUUUGGCGCAUGGUGUGGGAGCAGGGUGUGCACUCUGUGGUGAUGAUGACGCACCUGGAGGAGAACGGGCGGGUCAAGUCUGAGCAGUACUGGCCAGACCCCGACGAGCCGCCCCUCAACUUUGGCGACUACCAGGUGACGCUGCUGAGCGAGGUGAACCGGGGCUUCUUCAUGGAGCGCACGAUGAUGCUGGUGAACCUGCUGCUGGACGAGACGCGCGAGGUGAAGCAGUGGCAGUACCUUGAGUGGCCGACGCAGGGCACGCCCACGGCCGGCACCAACCUGGUGCGCAUGAUCCAGGAGAUUGAGCAGUACGCCAACUCGCGCGUGGUCAUGCCGCAGGAGGAGAGCAUCUACGGCAACCGCGAAAUCAUCAACGAGCACGCGAUCCUGCAGCAGAUGAAGCCGCUUGUUGUGCACUGCAGCGCAGGCGUUGGCCGCACGGGCGUGUUUGUUGCCGCCAUGAUCUGCCUCAAGCGCAUGCGGGAGGAGAACAAGAUGGACCUGUACCAGGUGACCAAGCACAUGCGCACGCAGCGCAUGGCCAUGAUCCAGACGCCCGACCAGUACGCGUUUGUGUACCGCGUCGUGCUGGACUGGCUGGACAUGUCGGCGCCGGUGCAGGCCCAGCCGGAGAGCAUGUACUCGUCGAUGCCAGCUGGUGGUAAGGCCCCGCGCCUGUCGCUGCAGCAGGAGGUUGACUCGCAGCUCCCAAUGCGCAACGAGAGUGACAGCGACACCACCCGCGUCCACCACGGCCACGCACAGCCGCCCACAGGCGCACCGCCCGUCCGCAGACCACCUCCGAGCAUUCCUCCCAAGUCGACGUCGAUCAAGCUCAAGGCCGGCAGCAACGAGGAGGGUGGCUACGGCUUUGACGCCUAAAUCCGCCACUCCACGCCGUGCCUGGCUGCAUUGUGCUUGUGCUACCGUUUUUGCCUCUUGUUCCCUCUUUCCCUCCCCCCCCCCCUCCUGGUUUGCUUCAUCUCUCUUCCCUUCUUUCCCUCUUCUUUCGCCUUCUUCGCCUCUCCGAACACGAGAUCUAUCUUGAGCUUUUUCGUUGUUUUUUGUGUGUGAUUUCCUUCCAUUCUUGGCACUGCACUCGGCAGGAUGUGCCUGUUUUAUUUGUUGCAGUCCUUCCUCCUCUCGUCCCUCUCCCCUUUCUCCUCCUCGCUCCACCUCACCACGACCAGCGUGCCACACACCAGUGGCGACAGUGCUGCUGCUGCUCACACGAGGGUGCAUGUGCUUUGGUUGUCGCUGUGUUGUCGAGAGGCUGCUGUUGUCUUUUUGUUUGACAGCAUUGUGGUGCUGUUGUCAUUGUAGCGGUGGUGGUGGUGGUGGGUUUAGAGCUGCAGUGUUGUGUUCUAGAGCGUGUUGGUCCUGUGUGUUGUUUCCUUCCCCCCCCCCCUUUCAUCUGCCCCCGCACUUGCUGACUUUCUCCCCGUUUUCCCCUUCUUCUUUCCCGUUUGUUUUGCUUUGUUGCUGCGCCUGUUUUCAUGUUCAGAGUGUGACGUGGGUGGCGUUGUUAACUGCCAUGCCCCUUCCUUGUGUCGCUCUUGCUCUCUUCACUGUUUGCGCGCGUGCAUGCGUGCAUGUGUGUGUGUGUGUUGGUAUUUGUGUUGUGGUUGUGGGAGGCUUCCCUUCCUCGCUGCCCACUCGUGUCCCUCUCUUCUAUACACACUGUCUAACGGAAA